ACUAAAACAGCCCGUUAGUGGGACUACAGCUGUAAAGCAGCGUCCUAGCAGCUUCUGGAGGGUAGCGUCCCGGUCGGUUUCCCACCGAAUUCAACUUCCAGAAAUUAAUUCUGGGUAUCUGUCGGCAAAAGGAGGCGGGGAAGCUUUCACCUCCAUCCUCAGUUAAUAUAUUCCCCUCAGUUAUUACGUCUCUAAAUUCCUGUUUAGUGUUGGUAUUUAGCGUAGAGGAGCUAACGUGUGGCUGCCUCAGCGCUGUAUGUGCGGUAACAAUAUGUCAGCGCCUUUACCUGCCAUCGUGCCUGCUGCCCGGAAAGCCACUGCGGCGGUCAUUUUCCUGCAUGGCCUUGGUGAUACUGGGCAUGGCUGGGCAGAGGCAUUCGCAGGCAUCAGAAUACCUCAUGUGAAAUACAUCUGUCCUCAUGCUCCUACAAGGCCUGUUUCUCUGAACAUGAGGAUGUCCAUGCCUUCGUGGUUUGAUAUCUACGGGCUGAGUCCAGACGCAGAUGAAGAUGAGGCUGGCAUCAAGAGAGCAUCAGAGAACAUUAAAGCUUUGAUAGAUCAAGAAGUGAAGAAUGGGAUACCUUCACACAGAAUUAUCCUGGGGGGAUUUUCACAGGGUGGAGCUUUGUCUCUGUACACGGCUCUGACAACUCAGCAGAAGGUCGCCGGUGUGGUCGCUCUGAGCUGUUGGCUUCCCCUCCGUAAAUCCUUCCCUCAGGCGGCUGCCAACAGUACUAACAAGGACAUGCAUGUCCUGCAGUGCCACGGGGAUGCCGACCCCCUCGUCCCGUUUAUAUUCGGUGCCCAGACGGCAGAGAAGAUGAAAAGCCUCAUCAACCCAGCUAACAUCACCUUUAAAUCGUACCGGGGCUUACCUCACAGUGCCUGUCCAGAGGAAAUGAUCGACGUCAAGCGGUUCCUAGAGAAGCAGCUUCCCGCCAUCAGUGACGAGUGAACAAAGAGUGCCCCCACUCACCUACUCAGUGCUGUCCGAGUCCUUUGGCCUUGACUCCUCUGUGAGAUUUGGUGGACUUUAAGACCAGGGACUCCCCCUGACAGUAAAUCUGUGCUGCUACUCCAUAGACCCAGAGAGAUCUGGGGGUUUCUGUUAGCCUGACUGAGACAGGGCUGCAUCUGCUCUGGAGCCACAAAUUCAACCCAGUGUUACAGUAGAGGAACUUUAGCUGCUUGAUUGUUAAGCAUGUUGCCACUGAGGCAAGCCAUUUUGCUGGAACCAUGUGUAUUAUAAUAAUCAGGGCUAAACUUUGAGUGUAUUACUCACACUCUUACAAUAAAUGACCUGUUUUAAAAAAAAAAAAAAGCUUUUGUAAUUCAAAAGUUUAUUUAUGAGCAAAAUAUCCCUUCAUUUACAGGAGUUUCUUUAGGAAAAUGGCCUUGUUUCUAAAAAUGUUUCUAGUGAUUUCUAGAGAUCAGGCAUUUCCUGGAUGAUACCGAUUUAUGAUUUUGAGGUCUGAUGUGCCCAUUCCGAUUUUAUAAUUCAUUAUUUUUUCUUCUUAGGACUGUUAAUAAGAAAAGCGGAAUGUUGCAAUAUUGCAUGUUCUUUGACAGAGAAAGUAUUUAUGAAUCGAACAGAAAAUGCAGAAAUUACAACAGGGUUCCUGCACAGUCUGGAGACGUAUAGUAUUAGAUUUUGUCAUUUUCCAAGUCUCUAGGUGUUGAAAACAGAACUUGGGUAUUUAAAUGUCUCACAUUUUCUUGACAUUACUCCUUAUUCCUAUAUCUGAAAGAUUAAAAAACUGAAUUUAAAAAUGCAUUUUUGCAUUGAGAUUAUGCCAUUUUUCUUUGAUUUGUCACACUACCAAAUAAUGUAUUGCUUCUUUUUUUAGUUGGUGACCAAUGAUGCACAGGUAAAUGUGAACUCAUUACAAAAUAAAAAGUAGCAACUUCACAACUUUUUUGGUCCUUCUAGAUCAGUUUUAACCUGGACCUUUACUUCUUAAUGACAAACUGUGCUUUAAGGACCAUUUUGUUACCUUCCUAAAAUAAUGGCCUAAGUCAUUUGUUCAAGAUUUUCAGGAAACAAAACAUUUCUCACACUAUAUAUAUAUUCUGUGAAAUUUAUUAACAAUUUCACUCAAAAAAUGAAUAACAAAUGAGUAUUGGCAUAGCCAUUUCUUAGGGUCCUUUUUAUUAAGCUACAUGGCUUUCUCAAUUAGAUCAUAUAAUGUGGAAAAUUAAAAGUUUACACAAGUUGACAAAAAACGAUUACUUGUUACAGGUUCUGGUUCUGGAGCUCUUGCACUCUUUGUUAAAUGCUAACUUCAUGAAUGUAGCUACUUUGUAGACAAAAAUGCUGACUGAAAGACAGAAUUAAAAUACUAAAUAUCUAUACCAUA